UCUUCCUCGAUGUCUUCGUCGUCCGCGACAUCCGUCCGCAAGUUCGCAGUACCGUCCAUUCUUCCGACGGAAGGGGGGGAAGUGGAGGAGGAGGGGAACUAUCCCGGUGCUAUGACAACGCGUCCUUCCUGGAGAGGUCUCCAUGGAGACCAGUACUUCCGGGAAGUGUCGCCGUUUUCCCUUUCCUUGCUCCGCUCUCUGUCAUCGGGAAACGCUCUGUCGCAGCCUGACGAAGACCGUUCUCGUUUGCGGCCGGAUUUAGGCGGGAACUCCAUAGGGUGGAGGCUUGAGAAGCAGCCGAUGUCGGAGGAAGCAAAGCCGUUCGGCUUUUCCCGGCUGCUUCCGGAUCGGUUCGCCUCUCCCCGGUUGACUUCGGAGGCUUCGUUGUCUUGCCUUCCGAUGUCGGACGAGCCGGCACCUCCCGACGGCACCCUGUUCAAAUCCUCCGCGCCCGCGGGCUGGGAAAGCGGAGGCAGCGGUGACCAUUGCUGCGCCACCGGGGCCGAAGACCGCGAGGAAAGUGCUGCGGCAUCGCCGCUCCCGCCUCCUUCAGAAAAUGAAGAUUCAGCUCAAAAAUCAGAUUCUACACCCCAAGGAACUAUUGUUUCAGAAAAGGAUGCAUUACCAUGCAGGCUGCAGAAUGGAUCAUCUGUAAAUUCAGAAGCUACAAAAGAUCCUGCAAGUGCUGAUGGUAGUCCAGAGGAGCAAGAUGUAGCAGGAAAGGAGGAGAUCCUAACUGAUCAACUCCAGCAACAAAAGGAGGAAGCUGUACUGCAAGUGACAAAGUACUCUGCGCCACAAGGACCAGGUGAUAUAAUCAUGAUACAGUCUGAAUAUACAGGUGCAGUAGAUAUCCUCUCCGCAGAGCUAGAAACUACAGAUCUCCUAAGCGAACAAAAGAAAGUUCGGCCACCUCCUCUGAUUCCCCCCACUACUUGGACAAAUUCUAAGAUAAGGGAGUUUAAAACAAAGAUGGCAAAAGAGAAGAAUGCCCGAAUGCUAGUGAAGCGGGGUGAGGUGUUAACAGUCCGGGUGCCCACCCACCCUGAUGGGAAGCGGGUCUGCUGGGAAUUUGCUACAGAAGAUUAUGACAUUGGGUUUGGAGUCUAUUUUGAUUGGACUCCUAUUACUAGUACUGCCAUUACUGUUCAGGUCAGUGAAUCAAGCGAUGAAGAAGAUGAAGAAGAAGAAUUUGAAGGACCAAUUCCUGUUGGAGAUGUGGAAAAAGGCUCCAAAAGUUAUUUGCGAAACCGUUAUGGGGAGAUCAUGCCAGUCUACCGAAGGGACAGCCACCACGAAGUGCAAAUAGGCAGCCAUGAUUAUCCAGGCGAGGGCAUCUACUUGCUCAAAUUUGACAAUUCUUACUCUCUUCUACGCAACAAGAUUCUCUUUUUCCAUGUUUAUUAUACCAGCUAAAGAAGUAAAUAGUUUUGUUGCCAGGACUAAUAUAUACACCUUGUGAUGGCCAAAUUUUGUACUCUCUGCUUAUAUACAAAUACACCCUUCCUACUGUGCCCCACUGUCCAAAGUGGAGCAAAUGAUCAUUAGCAGGUCCACUUUGUUUUAUGCAGACACAAAGCUGGGAUUUUAAUUACAGCAAGCAAGUAAUUGGACAUGAGAUUUAAAUGUCUGUUUUUCUUUUGAUUGCACUUACAUGAACUGAAGUUAAAAUAUGCCUUUUCUUUGGAGGUAAAUAUAUUAUCUCCUUCUAUCCUACUGGCUGCAAAUACUCAUUGGAAUCAUCUGCCAAAGCAGCCUAGAGAGCUCUGUCCAGAACUGCAUUGUUACUGUGAUAUGGUGCACUGCCAUUUGCUUUGUAGUGGAGAUCUUAUGGAAUGGUAUGUAUGUUGGCUGUCUGGCAGCUGUCUCCUCUCAUCUGGCUCCCAUAAAUGGUCAUCUGCUCAGUUGUUUGUAUAUAUUUUACAGCUUGGCUGGAUGGAAUCCAAACUGCAUCAUUCUAUUUCAAUAAGAGAACAACAUAACUAUAAAAGAAAAAAGCAUACCCCCCAAAAUUCUGCUUUUGAUGAAUUAUUCAGGAAGCAGACAUCAACAAAGGCUUCCCCAAUCCCUUCAUUCAUAGUUUUUGGGGCAUAAUAUGCUGUUCUGUUGGUGACUUUUUUGCAUGAAUUCAGUAAAGUAUAGUAAAAAUUGCUGAAAUUCCAAAUGUUUUUUCAAAUAGGUAUUCAUAGAGUGUAAUUUAAAGCUAAACCAAACCAGGAAAUGUUUAUUUCAGUGGGCAGAAAAUAUCGGUUUCACUUAGCUAGAUACUAAAAUUGAAGCAAUUUGUGCACAUUUACCAUGCUGCUUCUGGACACCCAAAAGCAAACAUUUCCAGAA